AUGGCUGAAGAGAAGAAUGGUCAGGAGCUGGAACCCAUACUGGCUGCCAUACUGAGGAGAAAUGUGAACCUUUCUGUGAGUGGAGCUACACAGGAGGCCGUGUCUUCAGCAUUAAACCGUCUACAGAUAGUGAGACUGGACAGAGAAGGCAUCACAAAACUGAGUAAUCUGGAGGCUAUAAGCAGUGCACACAGCCUGUACCUCCAAGAGAAUCAAAUAAAGAAAAUCGAAAAUGUAGAAGUUCUGAAGAAUCUGCAGUUCCUUAGUCUUUCAGGGAACAGAAUUGAGAACAUUUCAAAUCUCCACUGCUUGCGAAAUCUGCAGUUCUUGGACCUAUCUAAUAAUUUAAUUCAGAAACUGAACCCUGGAGAAUUACCCCAGAAUCUCCUUAUCUUAGAUGUGUCUGGAAAUCCAUGUACGAAGACAAACGGCUACAGGCAGCAAGUACUGCAGGUCCUGCCGCACUUGCAAGUACUAGACGGAGUGACUGUGAGAGUCUCAGGCGACCAGAAGAAGUCUGACACUGAAUGUGAAAAAGAAGACAGUGACAGCGAUGACAGCAGCCUAUUGUCUGAAGAAUCAGGUUUCCGUCCAGACAGUCUCUCAUCUGUGGCACAGGACAUGCUGCAAAGAUCUCUUCAGAGGAGGGAGAGAGCACUGAAAGAACACGAGGAUCGUCUGGGAGAACUGAAUGGGAAUGGAGACGGCCAAUCCUUGCUUUCAUCCCAGGAUGAGGUCUGCCGUGCUGAACUGCCUGGAAUCUCUCAUCAGAAUAUAGACUCGCAGGAUAAAGCCUCUUCUCAAACCAAGAAGCAUAACACUAAUAAAUCUGACAAGGAGCGUCAGGCUGCCUCGUUACUUGGAAAGAAUACCAGAGAUCUCUAUAGGGCUGGCAAAGCUAACACCGCCAUUAUCUAA